CUUUGUGUUCUAAAACAAUUUUAAAAGUUAUUUAUUAACCUGAGCGAUCACAGUGGAAAGCAAAGGAAUACGUUUCCAUGUCAGCUAGUGCUUCACUCAUGUCAGCGGGAGAGUUACCGCUGGACAUACCCGUUGAUGAGGCGCUGGUGAGCCGUUUCCCCAUCCACCGCGCCUGCCGGGAUGGAGAUGUCGGAGCUCUGCUGUCGCUGUCCGAGCAGCUCUCCAGCCUGGCUGCGCUCACCGCGGAGGACCCGUAUUACGGCUGGACGCCCUUACAUUGGGCUGCAUACUUUGGACAGCUAGAGUGUUUAGUGCUACUCGUUCAGAUGGGCUGUGAGGUGAACAUGGAGACCAGUCACCUCAACCAGACACCGACACAUGCUGCAGCCACUAGAGGACAUCCUCACUGUGUGCUGUGGUUGACCCAGGCUGGAGCCGAUGUCAACAGACAGGACUGUUUAGGUGAUACUCCCAUCCAUAAAGCAGCGUGCGCAGGAAGCCUGGAAUGUAUGCAGGUGCUGCUUGUAGCUGGUGCUAAACCACAUUUAAAGAACUCCAGGGGACAAACAGCAGCAGACUUGGCCCACCAUCACGGUUACCUCGACUGUUUCAUCUUCAUCUCCAACGCCAACCAGCACCAUGUACAGCUCAGUGGCCGCUUUGUGAGCCACGUGGACAACGGAAACAUUCCCAUGUGUCAGGAGCGACCAGGCAGAAAGAGGCUGACGAGCACUGAGGAGAGUGGUCACCAGAAGAAAGCCAGGAGAGCAGAGACUCCAGGCACAUUGAUGCAGAUGAACAGUGAUAGAGAUGAGGAGGUGGAGAAUAUGAACUUGGAGGAUCCACAUCAUCUCCACUCAGGUGAAGUCCACCAGCAGAUGUCACCUCCGAGCAGAGAUGAUGACCAGGAUGUAACUCCAACAUCACUAGACAAUCAUCUAGAACCACUGGUGCAGAGGAGGACCUCUGUGGCCGACAUGUGUGGCUCACUACACCUGGACACAAGCCUUGGUAGCAGCUUAUCUGAACAUACUGCCUGGUGGGGGCUGAUGGAAGCAGACUGCAGCGACGCUCAGUAUUACGGACACUACCAUGGAUUUGGAGACACAGCUGAAGAUCUGGGUGACAUUCAGCCAGAGCAGAGACACGGAAGAGCUGUGGAUUGCACUCUCCAACUCUGCAAUGGUUCAUAAAUACUGUCAGUUCACCUCCACCUCUGCAGGUAUCAGACAGAAGCGUUGUUUGACUCAAGAAUUACCAAUCACUAUGUUAUAUCAAAGUCCAUAACAAAAUGCUUUUUCUUAAAUUCCAUGGACAGGACCUGCUUACCUCUGACUUGUCAAUGUGUUUUAUUCACAGAAGUUACUCUGAAAUAAUAUUUCAAAUGCUGAAUUUGAAAACAAAGUGUUUAAAACAACUACAGUGUAUGGCCCUUUAAAACUGAUGUUUUUCUGUAUGGACUUUGGUCACACAGUAAGGUCGUGACAACAGAUUUUUAGUGCAAUUUCCAGACAUUAAGAUCCUGUAACAGACUCUAUUCGUGCACAGCAUUGUUGAACAGUGCUGCCAUUUUGGUUUGGUUUAAGCAGUGUUUAUCGUUAAUCUGAGACUUAGUUAUUUAAACAACAACUAGCGUCCUUCUGUGUUUGUUCCCUACUAUAAUCUUUUUUUUUACUUUGCACUAAGACACCCCAGUGGAUUUAAAUUAGUUUAAGGACUAAUUCAGUCAUCACCAGCUUUCCUUUGUGUCUCUUACUAAUCAGUUUGUGUUGGUAAAUACUUGAUAUUUUUGUGGUAAUUCGUGUUUGUGCUUGUUUUUAUUUCCAGCAUUUGUUUGUGUAGAAAUCCUUUUGUUUGGGUCUGACUCUACAGGGACACACUUCUGCAGUGAAAAUUCAAAGACUGCAGCUGUUGAUCAACCAAAUGGAAUGCUAUUGUGUUUGAAGACAGCUAUUUUAAAUGUGUGUAUCACAAAAGAAAAUUGAAUGUGUUUUUGCACUGAUGUGCUAUAACAUUUUAAAGUGCCACAGUGACAUUUACUGUUUUCUUACAGCUGUUUUUACACUGGUUGUAGUUUUGUCUCUUAUCAUUAAAACCAGUUUUUGCAGUUUUACAGAAA